AUGCCAGGAAGCAACGACCAGGGUAUUUUUGAAGCCGCUAAACAGCAAAUGUCUGAUGCUGCACAGGCAACAAAAGAUGCAAUCAAAAGUGGGUAUGAUUCGUUAGUUGGCAAAUCUGGAGAACAAAAAGCUGCUGAUAAAGUCAAAAGUGGCGCUGAUAAAGCUGCUGAGGCUGUUGAAGAUUUCCGUGAGAAAGCAGGUGACAAGGUUCACGAACUAGGCAACAAAAUGCAACAAUAA